GUUCCUACCAACUCAAUUGCCUAUAAAUUUUUAUAUAUAGCAUGAAAAUUAAGGUGGAACAGCAAUUGAUAUCAAUAUGGCAGCAGCUUCAGCUGUUGAGGGAGACAAAUAUCGUUCUCACUUGCAUGGAGAAGAAGAGAAGAACACCAAAUGGAGAUUUGGGGGUCCUCCAAACUAUGAUACUGUUAACAAACUCUUUGAAGAAGGCAGAACUAAGGUCUGGCCUCCUGGUUCACUAGAGGAGCAGGUGCAGAACCUAGUGAAGACAUGGGAAAUGGAGAUGUUCCACAAGACCUGCUUUGAUGACUAUAAAUCAAUCGAUCCAAAAAAGUUUACCUUCGGCCUAAAUGGAAGGAAACCUGUAACUUUGGAAGGAAUAACGAGGCUUGGUGGAGGCUACAACAUCUUUAUGCAGACCUCCUUGCCAGUGAAGUUGCGGGCCUAUGACCCUGAAAAGGAAACUGUGGAUACAGCUCAUGUGGCUUUUACAACAGCAUUCCCUAGAGGAUUUGCUUUCGAGGUUCUCCAAGUUUAUUCAGGGCCACCGGUGAUUGUGUAUAAGUUCAGGCACUGGGCUUAUAUGGAAGGUCCUUUCAAGGGCUAUGCUCCCACUGGAGAAUUGGUAGAACUUUAUGGGCUGUCAACUGUUGAGGUGGAUGAAGACAUGAAAAUUGGGAAGGUAGAGCUAUUUUUCAAUGGUGGGGAACUGCUUGGGGGUCUUAUGAGGGGUGGUACCAUGGAUGACUCAACCGCAGAUGCAGCUUCAAGCUGCCCUUUGUUGAAGAGCGCUUGAGAACUUCAUUUGAGGCAACCUGAUACAAUAAUGCUUUGCCCACGAUAGGCAGUGUAUGGAUAUCAAUAAUGUCAUUAUAUAUGACUUGCUUGUUUCUUUACAAUAAACUUUCUGUAUUGGGUUCAGCUGCUUUAGCAGUCCUCAUCUAUGCUAAUUCAAUUUUAUUUCCGAGUUAUCUAUUUUUCCUGUU